AUGGCACCAUCUACGGGUCCCAGGCUGAGGCAGAACCUCCAGCCCGGCCACCCCGGCAGCCCUCUCUGCUCCCGGUUUCUGCUCGGGAUCAGCGCGGCGUACGGCAGCGGGGAUCCCCCGCCUCGGUGCCUCCGCUCUGUCACCGUGGCGCGGGUAGAGGCUGGAAAAGCUGGGGGGCGGGGCCCCCCCGCCUCGGUGCCUCCGCUCUGUCACCGUGGCGCGGCAUCCUUUGGGAGCUUUGAAGCGAGGCGGCACCCGGUUUCCAAGCAGUCCCUGCUAGGGGUGCGGGCUCGCUUUCCAGGCUUCACCGUUCAUCUUCAGGCGUUCACGGAACCGCCAUCUUGUCCUUCCGCUCCCCGGCAAACGCCUCUGUGCCUCGGUGCUGGCAAGCUGUCUGGCGCUGGGCCCUGCCGCUCGGUGAGGCCGAAGCGCCGGAUCCCGCUGGUGCCGGAGAACUUGCUGAAGAAGAGGAAGGCCUACCAGGCCAUCAAGGCCACCCAGGCCAAGCAGGCGCUGCUCAACAAGCGGAAGCACCAGAAGGGGAAACAAAUCCAGUUUAAACGCCUUGAGGCUUUUGUUCGAGAUUCGUGGCGCAAACACCGAGAUGACGUCCGGCUGAGGCGCAUGGAGCAGAGACCUGGACAGACGGCUGUACCUCAGGAGCACAAACUAGCCUUUGUCGUGCGGAUUGUAGAUAUUAACGGAGUGAGUAGGAGGGUAAAAAGAGUGAUUGAGUUGCUGCGGCUGACAAAAAAUUUCACUGGAACGUUUGUUAAACUGAAUCCUUUAUCGCUGAAGAUGCUGCGGAUUGUGGAACCUUACGUGGCGUGGGGACACCCUAACCUGAAAUCUGUACGAGAGCUCAUCUUGAAACGGGGCCAAGCCAAGAUUAAGAAAAAGAGGUUGCCUCUGACAGACAAUAUGCUGAUAGAGGAACAUUUAGGGGGCUAUGGUAUUAUUUGCCUGGAAGACCUUAUUCAUGAAAUCUACUCAGCUGGGAAGUAUUUCAAAAAAGUCACAAACUUUCUAUGGCCAUUCCAUCUGUCAGUGGCUCCCCAUGCUUCACGUAACAAAGUGGGUUUCCUCAAGGAAAUGGGUAAGCCUGGCUGCAGAGGUGAAGCGAUCAACCAGCUUAUCCGUCAGCUGAACUAGUCAGGGCCUUUGUGAAAACUUAAGGAUUUACAACCUGUUCCUUUUCACAUGUAGUUUUUGUGGACAUUAUCUCUAUGCAAUGAU